CUGUUUAGCAAACAAAAAAAUUUAUUUAUUUUUUAUUUUUGUCCUUGAUUUUGGACUCACAAAUAUUUGUUGCCGUCUGUGGUUAUCAUCAAAGAAAGCUACCUUCUGUGCUGGAAGAUGACUUCACAGGUAUGCAGUUAUCAGGGCUGCUACACACUGCGUUUCCCUUGCAGUUCGCUCACAUUCUUCCAAUUGCCAAAUGACGAGCCACGUCGUACUCAAUGGAUCCUAAAUAGUGGAAAUAAACAGCUUCAGAAUCUCAAGGCCAAUCAGCAGCGCUACUUUUGCGAAUACCACUUUAAUAAAAACGACAUAAAACCACAUUUUUAUCGGAAACUAUUGUAUAAAUAUGCAGUGCCAGUGCCAUAUAAGAGUGACAAUGUCCGUACGACUACCUCAAGCACAGCAGACGGCACAGAUUUUAAAGACUUGAACGAACUAGAAGAGGAUGUUAACGUGACUGAGGAAGCAUACAUUUCUGACUGCAAUCAAGUAAAUGAAAUAAGUGAUGUAGAAUACGAGGAUGAUCUUGUAGAGAGCCUGGAUAUUUCGUCAACCGAUGUUGCUUUACUGGACGAAGAAACUGAUGAGCAAUGUAUGAUAGCAAGUAUUAUUACGGAAGACUACAGAAUACCGGCUUUCCAAGAGAGCAAGGACAAUUUGGCAACAACGACAAACUCAGAUGCGAAUGAAGAAAUAGCUGUGAUUGAUACGGGACCUACUAUUUCUAUUGAUGUUGACUACCUUGACACCACUCCUGCUGAAACGUCAUCAGCUAUCAUUACUUCGACAGCUUCCUCCACUACUAGCGAUAUCAUUAAUGAAGCUACAACCGGAAUUGAAUAUGAUGCUGCAGUUACAACUUCGCUAGUAAUGAACAAUGAUCAUGAAGUUAAUAACGAGCCAGGAACUUCUGAUAAAUCAUAUGAAUCUGACAAACAUUUUGCGCUAUCACUGGUAUAUUAUUUUCAACGUUUGAAUGAGAAGAAGAAAGCAAAAGCCAAAAUUGAUAUACUCAGCUACCUAGUAGCGCUUGAGCUGGACAACGAUGCAUAAUUAGAUGCUGUAAUUAUAGUUCAAGAUAAUAAUAGCUGCUAACACAAGAAUAAUUUAAGAUAAGUGCAGGUAUGGAGCUUUUUAUUUUUUAGUAGUUUCAUUUGGUUUUUCAAAAAGAGUUUUGCGAAUAUGAAAUUUCAUGAUUAAAGUUUAUUAUCAAACAGGUUGUCGUAAAUUGUUCUAUAAAAGUUGUUGGUGUAUUCUCUAGAAGUCAUUGCGAUAUAUGUAUACCAAAGGCUUUUUAUGGCGUUACAUGUAAAAGCCGCAGUAUAAUUUUUAUUACUAUAACAACGUGUUGUUUUGGUAACAAUUCCAUAAAUAAAACAACUUUGUUUUUGAGACUAAAUUUUAUUUGCAACAUCUUUUUUUUCUCAAAGAAAAGGUUGCUUUACUAAUCUAUGCUAAAUAUUAUGCCGUAUGUAUAACAGAUGAUUCCUACAUUAAAUUAAAUCGACUAUAGAAAAAUAUCUCAAUAAUAUUUUUUAUAAUAUAUACAAUAGCUUAUGAUUUUUAUUAAAUUAAUAUAAAAUCUAAGUUAAAACUAUUAAAUUGCAAAUUAAGAUGUAAUAUAUCUCAAUAUAUAUGUAAGUUUUGUUGUAGAUAUUUUUCAAAAAAAAGGUUACUUGAGAAGGCAAAAUAUUCUCACCGCGGUACAGAAAUUUUGGAGUAUCACCUUCAUCGAGCUUUUAUUUCUUAUAAUAAACUUCAACUUAUUAAAUUAUUAUAUUGUUUGUGCUACAAAACUACAAAAAACGCUACUCCGAACUUAAGGAACGCCGAUAUUACAGUCAGUUAACUUAAGCAACAAAAAUUGGAUUUUUCUUUUCUACAUUGUUUUCACUGCUACACUGCCAAGCUUCGUAAAUACACACAUAUCCUUAGUUUUUGCAAAUAAUUAUAAUUCCAUAUAUCCAUGUACAGACUUCGUUUGUACAUACAUAUGUAUGUGUGCGCGUCCACCUUGUUGAUUGUCAUGCUACUAAAUAUAUGUUUGGUUUUCAUUUUAUGCAAGAGAAAUAUAGAUGGGAACUAAAUAUUUACAUAUGUAUGUACAUUAGGGCGUACCAGAAUAAGAGGUCGCCGUACACCUUCGAAUCUGAAGUAUUUUUUGCGCUUUCGGAAAACAUUUUUCUUUUUUUUUGCUGAACAUUUUUCGUCAUACAUUCCUUCGGUCGGCACUUACAGUCGGAUCUUAAAAUAUGACAAAUCCAUGUUUUUUCUCCAGGCGAAAUUUUUUCUGUUCUUAAGUUCAUUGACCUCAAGUAACCCAUUCUAGUACUACAUACCUAGUUCUUAUCACCCUACGUACCACCCUAAUAACGGUGAAAUAAACCUCACCAAAACUUAUUAGACUUUUUGUAAUGAAGUAUUUCGAAUAUUCCAGUAAAUGUCACCGAAAUAAUUAAAAAGGAUAUCCCUAGAUUUGGCCAAUACCAAAACUGGUCUUUCAAAAUUGCUUUGCAAAAAUACUUUAAACGCAGGAGUGUACGGCAAACUUGUUUGUGUUUAUUUGGAAUCUGGUACAGUCUAAUGCACACAUGUAAGUAGUGGAUAAAAAAAACAUUAUUUUGAAAUCCUUUCUUUGGUAAAGAAAUAUACAAAAAUCAAACAAGAAAAACUUUUUUUAAGGACGAGUACAAGCUUGCGUUAAUAAUUUUAAGAGAAAUUUGGUUUUUUUAAAUUAACUUCUAGCUUACUGUUUUAUUUCUAAUUCAUAUAUGCAUAGGUAUAUAUGUACGUACAUCCUAGUUGACAUUUAAGCUUGAAAUUGCGAUUUUAAAAUUCGUUGAGACCAUCGAUAGCUAUUUCAGAAAGCAGUUUUUAUUGCUAGUAGAGGAGAUUUUGUUUCUUUACAAUAACAAUUAUAGGCCUGGCUGCUUCUUUUUAUUAUAAAUAUUUUUUUAAGUUAUGCAUUUGAAGCAAAAAAUUAGUAGCAUGGUUUUUAGUUAGAUUCUUAAAACUUUUCAAUUCAAAAAUUCUCUGAUUCUUAAUUCUUUAAUGAUUCUGCAGAGCUAAAUCUUAGACUAAAUUUUCUACUGAUUUGCUUAUCUAAGAGAGCUGUUUUAAACAUACAUAUAUGCAUAUAUUGCGCAUGAUUACUAGAUUUAUAUUACAUUUUUAAAAACAUAUGGAGUAUAUAUGUAUGUAUGUAUGUAUGCCUGUCUCUCUGUGUGUGAAUAUAUAUAGUUGAAAUCAUAUUUCUAGGUGGUCGCUUUUUAAAUGGUGGGCUUUGUUCGAACACAACAUGCGAUGAAUUUGGCGUUUGGUAUAAUCUAUUAAUAUAUAAAUACACUCAUGGACAAGAGAAUAGGUGUAAAAAUGACAUUAUUUGCGACUUAUGCCAAAUUUCCACUAGGCAUUGAAAUGACAAAAAAUGCAUGUCAUUUGAGAAUACCAUGUGGAAACAAACUUAUUGGAUUUUUUAUGAA